AAUUUUCCCAACGGUCAGAAAAUGCUUCUCUCUCUCUCUCUCUGUGUAACGUUCGACGAUCAAAAACAACCUCCAUUCUCAUGGUCCGAUCUCUUCGAAGUCUCAAUCUUUUCUCUCCCUGAAGCGACCUGAAUAUGGUGGGUUUUUCGAUUCAUGGUUGGAGAAUUAAGGGUCUCGUCAACCUUUCGUGAUUGGUACUCGAAUUAUGGUAUUUGAUUUCAUUUGGGUAUUUAAUUAUUUAUCCAUGAAAAGUUUUGAUUCGGUAUUUGGGGAUUUGAUUCUUUUGAAGAAAGUUAUAUGCUUUUUCUGCUUUCUCCACUGGUCUUGGAUUCUUCGAUGGAGCGUAGAUGGGCAAAUGUUUGGGUUUAGUCACGUAAUAAAUUGGAGAAAUUUUGAUUGGCAAUCGAUGGUGGAAUGCGUUUUUAUGUUGAUUUUUAUAUGUUUGACAUGAACUUUUGAAGUAGUUUUGUUGCUAACUUGCUUUGAAUCCAUGGAAUUUACAGAUCUUGAAAAGGGAAUUUGUUAAACCUUUUUUUCAGACCAUUUUCUAAGGGUUUUAUUGAUCUUUCAGGCUUCUUCAAUUUCAGAAGAGAACAGAGAAGGAUGCUAACUUUCUGGAAUAUUUUAAGUGUUUUCUGUAUGUUGCAACUUUUGCAUUCUCACAAUUUUUUCUAUAUGCAAAAUUUUAAACAGUUGUUAUACAGUUGAAUCCAUCCUUUACCAUGUUCUUCAUCUUACAUUUCUCUCUUGCUGCAACAUUUUCAUCACCAUCUUUCAAUUUUUUCAAAUUGCCACUGCAUUUCUCUCUUGUUGUCUCUAAUUUGAUUUCUCACUAAUGAUUUUCAUUGAUUUGGUUUAUUUAUGCCAUUCAACUCACUUAUGAGGGAACUAUACAGAGCCAAACGGGUCUUUUGGUCCAAAGCAGAUCUCUAUUUCUUUUUUCUUUUUCUUUUUUUUCAUUUUAUUCUUUUAUCAUGAAUUGUAUAAUUUAAU